AUGUCGUUCAGCAGCACGCGCAGUGAGCGAGGGCACAAGAGUUAUUUCGCCAGCUCAGAUGACACGAAGAUCUGUGUUGUCAUGGUUGGCCUUCCUGCCAGAGGCAAGAGUCUCAUAGCUGGGAAGGCAAUGCGGUAUCUUGCCUGGGUGGGCAUUCCCGCUCGGGUAUUUAACGUCGGCAAAUAUCGUCGGCAUAACACACCCCAGCCCUCGGCCAAGUUCUUCGAACCUCACAAUGAGGAAGGGGAGAAAAUGAGGCGAGCUGCCGCAGAGGCUGCAGUAUCCGACAUGCUUGCCUGGUUCCGAGAAGAUCAAGGUGUCGUUGCCAUUCUCGAUGCCACCAACUCGACAAGGGAACGACGCCGGUGGAUCUACGAGUCCUGCGAGAGGGAGAAUGUUGAGACCUUGUUCGUCGAGUCAACAUGCGACGAUGAGGAGGUCAUUAUGAACAACAUCCUCGAGGUCAAAACCACGUCUCCGGAUUACAAGGGUCAGGAUCCCGAGAUGGCUGCGCUUGAUUUCCGCACUCGUAUCCGGAACUACGAGCAGGUUUACGAAACCAUUGAUGAGAACGAGAAGCAUUACACCUAUGUCAAGCUUAUAAAUGUCGGCUCCACCGUCAUCAUCAACCAAAUCAAGGACUAUUUGUCAAGUCGGUUGGUCUACUAUAUCCAAAACCUUCAUAUCAAGCCGCGCUCGAUUUGGCUCUCUCGUCAUGGAGAAUCCGAGUACAAUCUGGUUGGAAAGAUUGGUGGUGAUUCCAGCAUUUCCGAACGGGGAGAAGCUUACGCCAAAGCCCUCCCUGAACUCAUGCGCAAGUCUGGAUAUCCUCCUAACACCAAGAUUGUCAUCUGGACUUCGACCUUGAAACGUACGAUCCAGACUGCUCGUCACCUGGCAGGCACACCGGGCUUUGGGAAAUUGGAAUGGAAAGCGCUUGAUGAACUUGAUUCUGGUGUUUGCGAUGGCCUGACCUAUAAGGACAUUGCUGACCAAUACCCCGAGGACUUUGCGGCGCGUGACGAAGACAAAUAUAACUACCGUUACCGGGGCGGAGAGUCUUACCGUGAUGUCGUUAUUCGCCUCGAGCCUAUCAUCAUGGAGCUGGAGCGCAGUGAGAACGUCAUUAUCGUCACUCAUCAAGCCGUCCUACGUUGCAUCUAUGCCUACUUUCUCAAUACUCCUCAAGAGCAAAGCCCGUGGAUGGAGGUUCCUCUUCACACGUUAAUCAAGCUUACUCCUCGUGCGUACGGAACGGAAGAGCAGCGCUUCAAGGCCGACAUUCCAGCAGUAUCCACCUGGCGUGGCAAGGGUACUUCCGCACACCACCAGGAGUUCCCUGCUGAUCAGAAAUGA